AUGGCCAGUCCACGUAUUGUGUUCCUAUCAUUCAGUUUGUCCAGCUGUGUGUCUGGAAGUCCGUGUCCAUCAGGAACAGCAAGGGAGGUGUCACUGAACAGAAGACUUGGGUCUCUGGAGUUUCCAAAUCUAUUUGUCAUAGGAACUAUUUUAUCAAACAGGACAAACCCAUAUGAGGACGUAUAUCUGGAUUUAUCCGAAAAUAAUAUUACAGAUUUGUCGUUUCAAAUAUUCAACAACACAAUCUUUCAACGAGUUAUUUCCAUGAAUCUGUCAGAGAAUAACCUUACAAAGAUAUCAGAAGGGUUAUUCAAUCAGUUCAAAUGUUUGAAAAUAUUGAACUUAGCCGAUAAUCAACUUAAACUGAUUUCAAACGAUGGCUUCAAUGAACUGGGAAGUCUUGUGGAGCUCAUACUCAGGAAUAACGACCUGACAAAUCUUACAUCCGGAAUUCUUGGUUCCAGUAAAGAAAACUCCAACCUGAGGAGAUUUGAUGCAUCUCGGAACAGGAUUAGCUUCAUUGGAAACAAUGUGUUCCAUAAGGGUCUUGUAUUUCUAAAGGAAGUUGACCUGUCUUACAACAACCUCGAGGUAUUUGAGCCAUGGCCUUAUAUUCCAAUGAUAUCAGACUCUUUAAAAGAACAAAUGUUCUUUAAUCUUCAGUUUAACCAAAUUUCACGUUUCUCAAACACCAUAGGGUGGACAAUGACUAAGGAACCCAAUGUGAUGAUAAACAUUACACACAACAGACUCAGGUACUUCAGGAAGGAGCAUUUCAGUCAAUAUUUUGCCGGCCGGAUACCAACAAUAUUUGAACUUGAUAUAAUGAGAUUAAUUGUUCGGGACAACCCAUGGUUUUGUGAUUGUGGGUUUUAUUAUCUGUUAAUGGAAAUUACGAAUACGUUCUAUUACUUCAUGGCUGGGAGCUUCAUGACCUGCGAUGAUCCAAGUGAAUUCAAGGGAUUCAAUUUUUCAUAUUUCUUCGAUCAUCCAGACCAACUGAUUUGUAAUAUCACAGAAAAAUGUCCUGCUGACUGCAAGUGUCAAGACCGACCUCACGAUGGUUACAUACUAGUGGACUGCUCCAGGUCAGGAGAAUACACCGACUUGCCACAGACUGUGCCUUCAGGGCCAUUGUUCCUUCAGAUGUCUCAUAACAAAAUCUCUUCAUUGUCUCACAGAGAUUAUCUACAAAAUAUCACACGUCUUGAUGUGUCUUCAAAUAACAUUUUACUCUUGAAAAAUUCCUUUCUUGAGAAAGUACCACGUUUGGAACAUAUUGACAUUAGAAACAAUAGUUUAAAAACCUUGCCUCCCAAAAUUCAAACCUUCCGUGUGUCAUCUGUCAUGUUCAGUGGAAACCCUCUCGUCUGCUCAUGUGACACCAUUUGGAUAAAUGAUUGGAUACGACGUAAUUCUGAGAACAUGUCUUUUGACUCAAUGUCCCAUCACUUGUGCUACCAUAAUGGACGUCAUUUACGUCUUGUGGAUGUGACUUGGAACUCUCUUGUCUGCUAUCGAGAUAUCGCCAUUAUUGUUAGUGUGGUGCUUGGAGUGUUGCUAAUCAUUCUCAUUAUUUGUACUGUCGUCUGCUGCAAGCGGAAAUACGAGUGUAAAGUAUUGAUGUAUGACUUCUUCCGUGUUCAUCCAUUUGACCAAGAACCAUGUGAUAAUGCAGAUGACACUAUGAAACAGUAUGAUCUAUACCUGUCCCUGGAUAGGGAAAACGAAGACAUCAGGCUUUGGGUGAAAGAUAAACUUUUGAAACAACUGGAAAAACAGAAAAAGUCCCGUCCAGUAUACAAAGUGUAUUACCCCUGUCGUCAGGACGAUUUUGGGGAUAGUAUAGCAGAUCAGAUGGUGGAAAACAUCAACAAAAGUAGACGAGUUCUUGCUAUUGUAAAUAGUUCAUAUGUGAAAAACGGCUGGUCCAUAGAAGAAUUCGACUUCGCUCAUCGUCUUAUGGAAGAAACUAAAUCAGGUCGUCUGAUUGUUUUACAGCACGGUGACCUUGACCUCUCUACUGUGACACAGGAACCACUGAAGACCUACCUGAGUGGUCGUCAAUGUCUGAAUGUCUCUGACCGGUGGUUGUGGAGGAAACUAAGGUACGAACUGCCCCAAAGACCUCGAACCAACCCGACUUCUGCGUCAAGGGAGAGCCUCACGGGUGGUUUCAGUAGUAUUCACGCCUCUAUGUCAGAGAGUAGUGGCAUAUCCGAGAACCAGAUGUACAAUCCUGAUUUUGUGACGACCGGUGUGGUGUAG